GGCUCGGCUCGGCUCCUCGUACCGCCAUGGGGCUGCUGCUCUGGCUGCUGGUGCAGCUGGGCGCGGGAUCCGCGGCGUACGUGGUGUACGUGGAUGUCCGGCGAGCCGAGCGGCCCCUGGAGCACUUUUGGAGGAGCACUGGCUUCUGCCCUCCUUUACCUCACAGCCGUGCUGACCUGUUUGACCUGAGCAAAGACCAAGAGAUGAACCUUGCCUACAUUUCUUCUGUUCCACAUGGUGGCAUUGAACAAGUUCGAAUUCACUGGUUACUGGAAUUAGUUGCUCUCAGAGUGUUCAAUGGGAAGCUUCACUACAAUUUUACUGCCUUGGAUAACCUUAUGGAUCGCCUGUGGGAAAAUAAGCUAAUUCCAGGAUUUGAAUUGAUGGGGAAUCCAUCAGGAUAUUUUUUAGAUUUUGAAGAUAAAGAACAAGUAGUAAGAUGGAGAAACUUAAUUACACUUCUGGCCAGCAGAUACAUAGCUAGAUAUGGAUUGGAGCAUGUUGCUAAAUGGAAUUUUGAAACAUGGAAUGAACCAGACCACAACGACUUCGACAAUGUGUCUAUGACAGUGAAAGGGUUUCUCAACUAUUAUGAUGCUUGCUCAGAAGGAUUAAGAGCCGCCAGUCCCCUACUAAAAUUUGGAGGGCCAGGGGAUUCCUUCCACCCCUUACCCAAGUCACCCAUAUGCUGGAGUCUUCUGUGUCAUUGCUACAAUGGAACCAACUUCUUCACAGGGGAGACUGGUGUAAGGCUGGACUACAUCUCUCUCCAUAAGAAGGGAGGUGGGAGUUCUCUCUACAUCUUGCAACAAGAAGUAGAAGCAGUGGAACAAAUUCAGAAGCUGUUUCCAAAUUUUGCUUCUGUUGCCAUAUACAACGAUGAAGCAGAUCCAAUGGUUGGAUGGUCCAUUCCACAACUGUGGCGAGCUGAUGUGACAUAUGCAGCUAUGGUUGUAAAGGUAAUCAUCCAGCAUCAAAACCUGCUCAUUUCCAAAGCCAACAACAGCAUCAACUACACACUGCUGAGUAAUGACAAUGCCUUCUUGAGCUACUACCCCCAUUACUUCACACAGCGGACUCUGACAGCACGUUUUCAGAUGAACAAUACAAAGCCACCUCAUGUCCAGAUGGUGCGGAAACCAGUGCUGACUGUCAUGGGCUUGCUGGCACUGCUAGGAGAAAAGCAGAUUUUUGCAGCAGUGAACAGCAGUGAAGGUGAAAGCACAAUUGGCGUCCUGGCAUCUGUGCACACCCCAAGUGAGAUGCAGCCCUCAGACAGUUGGCAAGCUACUCUACUGAUGUAUUCAAGUGCGGAUAACAGGACUUCAUCCAACAUCACCACCGUCACAGUGAAUGCCACCCACGUCCCCAAACUUAGAGAGCUGGUGUAUGUGACAUAUUACCUGGAUAACAACCAAACCAAUCCCUACCUGAAGUGGAAAAAGCUAGGAAGCCCUGACUUCCCUUCCCCAGAACAGUUCCAGCAAAUAAGGGAUGCUGAGGACCCAGUGGCAACAGGCCCAUUCCCAUUUCCUGAAGGUGGCAUCCUGACACUGAAGCAAGACUUUCCCAUUCCCUCAGUCUUUCUUAUCCACAUUUGUGCAAGACCCAGAUCUGUUCCUGAUCAAGUGACCGGUGUUCAUUUGAUCCCUCUCACAAAGGGGCAGGUCAUUGUGUUGUGGGACGAUAGCUGUGUAAAUUCAAAAUGUAUAAAGACAUUUGAAGUGGAGUUCUCACCAGAUGGAAAAGCGUACCGGCGGAUUAAUGCCAAAGACACAAUAUUCACUCUCUGGGUCUACAGUCCAGGAAGCUCAGUCUCCGGCUUUUACAGAGUGCGUGCCAUUGACUAUUGGGGGAAGGCAGGCCUGUCCUCUCUUCCUGUGGAGUACGUUGAAGCUUUCAAGUGACUCUGAAGAGUGGUGCCUGGCUUGGUGACUGAGUGGUGUAUGCUCCCUUCAAAUGACAACUCCCCAGAAAAAUAAACUCCUCCCAGGCUGAGGAGGGAGUAUCAAAAUGACCUGAUGAAGCAGGCUAGGAAUGCAAGUUAUAAGCUACUGCCCCUAUUAACUCUUCAGAGCAAAAAAGGCAGCAUUAUCAAACAGCCACAACUGACAACCCAACUGGUACAAUUAUAAGAGGCUGCUGUAGGGCUGGGAUUCAGCUUGGUAACUAGGAAUUACGGGAAUAAAUGUUUAUUAUUCCCUAUUUUACACUGAGCUAAUAGCCAGGAUAACCAGAGCUUUAUAGAGGUCACAAACUGCAGCAGGAACAGGAGCAUCGCUUCACUGUAUGAGUGAGGAUGGCAGCAAAGGCACAAGGAGAACCUGUCUGAGAGUGAACUGCCUGCCUCAGCUGCCCGGCUGUCUUGACAUAAUGGUUUGAUGGAAAAGCGCACAGCAACCAGAUGCGCCUGGAGCAUGAAGUGAAGGAUUCCUGCUUCUCCACUGGUUAGUCACACAUGCUCCAGUGGGUUAUUUCAGAGCACUUGCCAUGUCUUCAGAUGUAUGAGGUUCUUCACCCCAUCACAGAGGGGUUUCCACCCAGCUCUCUCUGCAUUUGUGGCUAUUUGGAUGCCAGAGAUACUCCCCUCACACAGGCAGAGGAAGGGGUAGCAGCUCAUCCUCAAAGGGGAAGAAGGCAAAGGAAGCUCUGGUCUCCAGACUUUCCUGCCUUUUCUGCUUUCUGCUUUUGCCCAAGUCACCUGUUUGCACUGUGGCCAUCAGCCACUGCCUCUUUGUGGUGGAGGCUCUAACCCUGAAAGCCCCUCUUUCUCUCCAUUGCUGUCACCUAGCCUGGCCUUCUACAGCCCUUACAGCUAACAUCUCUCACCAGCAUGCCACCCCUCCCAGACUGUAAGUGACCUAAGGCUUGGCGUUUGAUGGCCAGGAGAAAGCUGAAAUGCUAGUUAGAGCCUUUUGUGUUUUCAUGUUACAGGAGAGCACACUCUUGAAUGUAACAGGACAGCUCUGCCAACCGCUUAGGAAAUUAAUCAAGAACAGUUUGAGCUUCUGUGCUUUGCAUAGCAUGUGCACAAGUGUGUGAUAGCCCCAGAUCAUGGGCUGCAGAACACCUCUGGCUGCCCUUGCAGCUGCCGAACACUUUAUGUAAUGGCAAAGUUCCCUGAAAUUGCAGGGGUGUUUUUUUACUCUCCCCUUUUCACAACUGGCACAGUUUGAACUGUGCCUUUAAAAUGCUUGUAGAGGGAAGGAUAAUGCCAGUGAAAACAGCUGGUGUGUUUUCCAUAAGAGGAGCAACUUUGUCGCACAAACAAAUCCCCUAGUGCGCUCUUUGCUGACAUCAGCCACCUCACCAACAUAACAACAAAGACUGCAUAUUUGAUGAAACAUUCAGGUCUCAGACAAAAAAAACAAGUUUGCACAGUAGGAGAGAGCUGAACUACCUCAAAUGGCCUCACUUUUACAGCACAGAAAAGAAACAUAUAUAAAAAGUUAGUAUAUAUGAAAUGAGGCCUUGUAUCUCCUUACCUUCUGGGCAUUUAUUCAUGUACUUAUCCUGAAAGUUAGCCUUAAAAGAUUCAUUUUGUCACAGAAUUCAGAUGAAAUAUUUUUUGCCUCACAGAAAUUUGAAUAAGGAGCACUUCUCACAUCCUAAUCUGCCAAUGCAUCACCCAUAAAGGCUUGUGCAGAACAGAAAAGGGCCAUUGGACUCUACUUAAGUGAUAACUUUCUCGGUUUCAAAAAAGUCAAUGAGAAGUUCUACUUGGAUGGAGAUAGUAAGAAUACAUUUCAAAGUUGUUAUAACUGCCACCCCUGUCUGUCACUAAGUCCCUCUCUUAGGGCUAAACAUCAUCCAAAGUGUGGAAGGCACAGUGCUUUUUCAGGUAUUUUCCUUAAGUGGCAAAUAUGCGUAGAAAGCAGAGCUGACUAAAAAUGGUGCACUCUCUGUUCAGAACCAAGUUUUGAAUAUACAGCAAGACUAGUUUCUUCUUUUUUACUGCUUUGGUAUAAACUUACUCCUUUAAGCAAUAAGCAAGUCUCAACAACUGCAGCAGAGAAGAGAAUUUGCUAUUUCCAGGCUUGAAUUUAUUUCCAACAAAGUAUGGAAGUUUUGGGCUGCCCUUGUUUUUUUUAUAAUUUAAUGUAUACAGAAAAAUGCUAUUUAAUACUUGAAACUUGAGUUUUCUGUAACCAUCUGUCACUGGCUCUGUCUGAUAGAACUUCCAAAAUUGCAUGUUUAACUCUACCAUCUCCUCCAUUAUAGGGCAGCGAUCAGCUCCCCCUCAUCGUUUCAGUUUUCAGAAGUGCCAGAUGUGCAUAGCACUAAGUGGGAGUAGCAGGUGCUCAGUAGUUCUGUAGCAUCAGAACCAAAGCAAGCCUGCAGAGCACUCAGAUAUGUCUCUCGCUGGCCAUAAAUCCAAACAGGAAAAUCUAACUGCAACUGCAAGAUGAGGUUCUUUGCCUACUAUCCAAGUAAAAGCUUCUGAAGCUAUGUAACAAUUUAGCAACUGUUAAAAUGAAUGCUAGGGAAAAACCUUUCAAAGGAGUGUUUUAUAUUGGCUAAUUGUGUCUAUGCUGCAUUUGUUACCAUAUUUUGUGCUACCCAAUAAAACCAGUUUUUAAUCCUUCACAUGAACCCUGUAAAAA